AUGGCGGACGAGUUAGAAAAAGGUCUCGGACCUUCUUCCGACCGACCACCGUACUUCCCAACGCACCGCACUCCGAACUCAAAUACCUUGUUUUCAUUGGAUGCCGGGAAUGCGCCCGCAGCGUCAGCAACACCACUACAGAGAUUUCUCAACGAUAAUCCGCCGCCCCGGGAGUACGGCAGGGAUUUCGCUGGUUCGGGUCUCCACAUUAUGGAUGUCAGUCAGAGAGCUUCCUCGACAUCCCUGGCUCUAUCCCCACGCGGGAGCAUCACUUCGCCUCGCAGAGAGAAAGUUGCAACAUUUGACCUCAACGCUCCAGGACUGACCGACUCGCUCCGCGAUUCUGUAGUGUCGACUGAAACUACCAUGCCUCGGCAAGAAGGCGUGCUCACUAUUCCGGAGAAGAAGUUCCUGCUAGCCGUUGAACGGGGUGACCUCGCAGGAUCGAAAGCUAUUAUCGCCGAGACUAAGCCAUCGCUGCUGAAUAUUAACUGUACGGACCCGUUGGGCAGGUCUGCUCUGCUUAUGGCCAUCGACAAUGAGAAUCUUGAGAUGAUAGAAUUGUUACUCCAUUACAAGGUUGAAACUAAGGACGCGCUGCUACAUGCAAUACACGAAGAGUAUGUUGAGGCUGUUGAAGUCCUACUUGACCACGAAGAAGCGACCAAGAAGAUUGGUGAACUACAUAGCUGGGAAGCAGUCGGAAGAGAGACCGCUACAUUCACACCUGAUAUCACCCCGCUGAUCUUGGCGGCGCACCGUGAUAAUUAUGAGAUACUGAAAAUACUGCUCGACCGGGGAUACACAUUCUCCGCCCCCCAUGGAGUGCGAUGCGGCUGCAGUGACUGCGUCCGGUCUCGAUAUGAAGACAGUCUUCGGCAUUCGCACUCCAGAAUAAAUUCCUUCAAAGCUCUCUCAUCUCCAAGUCUGAUCGCGCUAUCGAGUAAAGACCCUAUACUCACUGCGUUCGAACUGAGCGGUGAAGCGCGGAGAUUGAGUUUCCUCGAGCAUGAAUUCAAGGCGGAAUACAUGGAAGUGCGCCGGAAAUGCCAAGACUUUGCGACAGCUCUGCUCGAUCACACGCGCACGUCCUACGAGCUCGAAGUUAUGCUCAAUUAUGACCCAUCGGGACCAGCAUUCGAACAUGGAGACCGGAUGCAUUUAUCACGAUUGAAAAUGGCUAUUAAAUACAAGCAGAAAAAGUUCUGUGCUCACCCAAACGUGCAACAAUUACUGGCGUCCAUCUGGUACGAAGGACUCCCGGGCUUCCGGAGGAAGAAUAUUGUUCUGCAAAUGUUCGAAAUCCUACGGAUCGGUCUUCUGUUCCCAAUUUACUCUGUGGCCUAUAUCAUGGCUCCGCACUCUGAGCUCGGAAGAACCCUGCGGAAGCCAUUCAUCAAGUUUAUUUGUCAUUCUGCUUCUUAUAUCAGUUUCCUAUUUCUACUGAUACUCGCUUCACAACGAAUAGAAACUGUUAUGGUAGAAUGGUUCGGCACAGAGGAGAUGAAGAAAGAAAUAAGAAGUGACAUAACCACGAAGAGAGGCGCUCCGCCCUCGAUUGUCGAAUGGAUCAUCUUGACUUGGGUGGCAGGCCUCAUAUGGAGUGAAAUGAAACAAUUGUGGGAUCUAGGCCUCAUGGGAUACGUCAGUGACAUGUGGAACAUCAUAGAUUUCGUCACGAACUCUCUUUACGUGUCGACCGUAGCGCUGCGUAUCAUAGCCUACAUGCAGGUACAAAAAGAAAUCGCCUUGAACACAGGAACGGCCUACCUGCCUCGUGAAAAAUGGGACGCUUGGGAUCCGAUCCUAAUAGCCGAAGGACUCUUCGCAACCGCCAACAUCUUCAGCUCCCUGAGACUCGUUUACAUCUUUUCUGUAAAUCCUCACUUGGGUCCUCUACAGAUCUCUCUUGGUCGCAUGGUUAUCGAUAUUGUGAAAUUCUUCUUCGUCUACACGCUAGUUCUCUUCGCGUUCGCAUGUGGGAUGAACCAACUCCUCUGGUACUAUGCUGACAACGAACGUCAGCUGUGCCAAACCCUAUCGGCAAACAACUCCAAUCCCACUAGCGGUAAAAGCGAACACAGUGUGUGUUUUACUUGGAGGCGCUUCUCCAACCUCUUCGAAUCAUCUCAAACGCUAUUUUGGGCCAGUUUUGGUCUUAUCGACUUGGACAAUUUCGAACUUGUAGGAAUUCAGAGUUAUACUCGCUUUUGGGGCCUUUUAAUGUUUGGCUGUUAUUGCGCGAUCAACGUAGUUGUGCUGCUGAAUCUGCUUAUUGCUAUGAUGAACCACUCAUAUCAAAUGAUCUCUGAACACGCGGAUGUCGAAUGGAAAUUCGCGCGUUGUAAGCUAUGGAUGAGCUAUUUUGAAGACGGAGGGACCGUGCCACCUCCGUUCAACAUUAUUCCAACACCUAAAAGUCUUGGAUAUCUGUGCUCAUGGAUCUGGCGAAAAUUCUGUGGACACUCAAGGAGCGCCAAGAAGGAGCACCUUAAGACGAUACGGCGGAAGGCUCGCCAGGCGAGCGAACGUGAUCUCAAGUAUCAGAGCAUAAUGCGCGAUUUGGUCAAGAGAUACGUGACGAGCGAGCAGCGACGUGCGGACAACCAAGGGGUGACCGAAGACGACGUGAACGAAAUCAAGCAAGAAAUCUCAUCGUUCAGAUAUGAAUUGUUAGAGGUUUUGCGUACAAGCGGGUUCGACACCACUCGAACCACGGGUGCGGCUGGAGGUUUAGGAGGAGGUAAGAGAGGUCGACAGCGCGAAAGGAGACUCAUGAAAGGAUUCAACAUCGGCCUGAUCGACAGUUCGGUUCCGAGCCCCCCGGAAAUAAACGUUGAAGAAAUAGUUACGUCGCGGAAGCCACCUGGCUCUCGGUUGGCCCGCCUCGCCCGACUCGCGAGCAAGAAGAGUAAAUUGCGUAGGAGCCGCUGGGGACAUCUCGUGGAGGCCACUCGCAAUGCACGGGCAGCCUUCUCGCGUAGUCGCUCAGAAGAAUCUGUAAGCAGCCAGACAAGCUACGAGCUUCGAUCGCAUCAUCACCACCAUCGCCACCAUCAUCAUCAUCCACAGCAGCAGCAGCAUCAUCAUGAUCAAGAGCAGCAGUCCAGGCAGCACGAGCAACAGAAUCUCGACCAGAACUUAUCUUCGGGUUCUUCUGACAACGACCUGCACCACGCGGGCACUUCGCGUUCCGAGGCUGCGCUGUCAAUGAGGAAUCGUUUCUCGAAGAAACUCAAAAACUUCAGUCGAUCCAAAUUGAAACUCGCUUUCUCGGCGGAAACUCAUCUACAUCACAGAGGUAAAGGCGACAAAAAAUCCGCGUCGAGAACGUUCAGCGCACCGCCCGCUUCUCUGCUGUGUCAAUCUCAGCAUUCUCUCGCGCGACGGAGGCCACUGGACCACAGUGAAUCCUUCGGGCAGCACCCCGAUGAGGAGUCGCUAUCAAAGCCGUUGUCAUCUGCUCUUCACGAAGCCAUGCAUGAGUUCAUAGAUGACGAUGACGACGAUGACGCCGGCGGCGGCGGCGUGCGUGGUAACAACCGAGACGACGAUAAAAACAAUAAUCAUAAUGACGACGAUAACAAUAACAUCAACGACGAUGAGGACGACAACAGCAGUAGCGUCGCAACGACUAGCACGUAUAACAUAAAUGGCGGGGGUGGCGGUAGCAGCAGCAGUAGCCAAUCAGGUAGCGCGCUCAUCAAUCUUAUGGCUUCUCAUAGCUUACCAACGCCUGGAUUAUCACCGAUCCCGAGCUGUGCCAGUUCGAAGGUCCCCUCUCCGCGGAAUUCGAUAAAUAGCACUCAUCUUGAGCAAUUGCCAAUGAUAAAUAAUCAACCGACCCCGGCGGUCAUUGUUGUCGAGCCGUCCGCAGCCGACGACAACCAAAUGCAACAGCGACGGAGCAGCGCCUCGGGUUCGGCAUCGGGUAGCCGCCAUACGUUCCAGUCUGGCAGCAUGACUCCCGCAAUAGAUAACCCCGCUGCGGCCGCUGCCGUGGUGAGUCCCCAUCAGCUCGUUGUGCCAUCGACGACUCCGCCAAAUAAUUUUGAUAUAGGGGCCCAUGGACUCCCGAUACUGGUUCGAAUGUAUGGCAUAGAACCUGCGAACAAACCAAUGAACGUCGAAUGGAUAUAG